AAUGCUUGGCCGGGGCACAUCUUUCAAUCGGUUUUUUAGACACCGGCGUCAGUUCAACAAACUUUCGGGCGCCACUUCAGAACAUCAGAGGACUAAUGAAAAUCACUCUUAUUACAAGUAUGCAUAUAUUGGAGGAGCCGCAACUGCUGGAGUGCUCGGAUUCAAACACUUUGUGAAAACUGCAAAGCUUGAUCACGCCAAAGAUGAGACGAUGUCAGAGAAGAAAUUGGAGAAUCUUCAGAUAUACAAGCAGGAGGAGGUCAAGAAACAUGGAAAAGACGCAGACAGGAUUUGGGUUACGUACAAAGAUGGUGUCUAUGAUGUCACAGAUUUCAUUGCCAUGCAUCCGGGAGGUGACAAAAUUCUGCUUGCCGCCGGUGCAGCUGUCGACCCAUUUUGGGCUCUCUACUCACAGCACAAGACAAAAGAGGUUCUCGAGAUUCUCGAAGGAUAUCGAAUUGGCAAACUUGAUGUAAAAGAUGUUCCGAAAAUUGAUUUUGAAGAUUUAAGUAAUGUGAGUUUGGUUGAUUUUAAUUAGGGUCCGGGUACAAACGCACCCAAAAUAUUGAUCAAUUUAUCCUCUUAUCUCACCUAUGUUUGUGUUUGUUUUACAGCCAGUCGCUGACGCAUUCUCCAAUGAUCCGGAACGUCAUCCAGCUUUACUCGUGCGUAACUCGAAGCCCUUCAAUGCCGAAACCCCUCCUUCCCUGCUUACCGACCACUUCUACACACCCAAUGAACUGUUCUUUGUACGAAAUCAUCUUCCGGUUCCUGAUGUAUGUGAAAAGGGGUUGUGUGUGUAGUGAAGUUUUACGCUGGAUUUUUUUUUAGAUCAAAACUGAAAACCAUCGAUUGACUGUGGAAACCAUCAAAGGAAAAACAGUGGAUUUGUCUGUAGAGGAGCUCAAGAAGAAGUACAAGUCAUAUACAAUUGGAAGUGUGAUUCAAUGUGCUGGAAAUAGAAGAGCCGAUAUGAAUCAGUAUAAGAAAGUUCAAGGACUGAUGUGGGAAGGAACUGCAAUCAGUAAUGCCGAAUGGACUGGAGUUCGCUUGAGAGAUCUUCUCGCUGACGCAGGAAUCGACGUUUUCGACGACAAGAUCAAGCACGUCCACUUUGAAGGAGCAGAUGUUGAUCCGACUGGAACACCCUACGGAGCAUCAAUUCCCAUUGAAAAGGCUCGUGGAGAUGAAGUCAUUGUCGCUUAUCACAUGAAUGGAGUUGAUAUUCCGAGGGAUCACGGAGCUCCUCUGCGGGUCAUUGUGCCAGGUAAUGUUGGUGCUCGACAAGUGAAAUGGCUCAGAAAAAUUAUUGUUAGUGAGAAGGAAAGUGAUAGUCAUUGGCAGCAAAAAGAUUAUAGAGCAUUCUCCCCAGCUGUCAACAUUGGUGACGAGCUGAAGUGGAACACAGUUCCAUCUAUCCAAGAGUAUCCUGUUCAAUGUGCAAUCUGUAGUCCGGCUCCAAAUACCAAAGUUGAUCGUGGUGACGAAACUGUGGACAUCUCUGGAUAUGCGUGGAGCGGUGGUGGCCGUGGAAUCAUCCGAAUCGAGGUUAGCGUCGAUGGUGGCGAGACGUGGAACAGUGUCGAGAUGGAGCAAGAAGAGAAGCAGGAUCAGGAGCACAUGUACGCAUGGACAUUGUUCAAGGCAGAAGUGAAAAUUCCUCCGGGAGUCAAGGAGUUCAAUAUUAUUGCGAAAGCAGUAGACAGAGCCUAUAACACGCAACCAGAGACUGCCAGUGGUAUUUGGAAUGUUCGUGGUUUGAUUCAUAAUGCCUGGCAUAGAGUUCCCAUUAUUGUGAAGGAUUAAGAUUUUUUUUUAAAUUCCGUUCAGAUCUCGUAGUUUUCUUUUCCCCUAGAUUUUUUCUUGCUUCAAUUCAAAAUUUGGCCAGUUGAAUCUUUAAUUUGAACCAGUAUUGUCUUGCCCCUACCCCCGUUUGAUUUAAUUGCAACAAGUUACGAAGUUUUUAGAUCAACUGUGAUAGUAUGAAUAAAUGUUUUAUGACAA